CUUCAAGAGGAGGAGGAGGUCCGCUUUGCCCGGCUCUGGGUGGGCAUCUGGGCCAUCUUGUGUGCCAUCUCCACCCUCUUCACUGUGCUCACCUACCUGGUGGACAUGAGGCGUUUCAGCUACCCUGAACGACCCAUCAUCUUCCUGUCUGGAUGUUACUUCAUGGUGGCUGUGGCAUACGCCGCCGGAUUCCUCCUGGAGGAACGUGCUGUUUGCCUAGAACGCUUCUCGGACGAUACCUACCGUACGGUGGCCCAGGGCACUAAAAAGGAGGGCUGCACCAUCCUCUUCAUGAUCCUCUACUUCUUUGGCAUGGCCAGCUCCAUCUGGUGGGUCAUCCUGUCCCUCACCUGGUUCCUGGCAGCUGGCAUGAAAUGGGGCCACGAAGCUAUUGAGGCCAACUCCCAGUAUUUCCACUUGGCCGCCUGGGCUGUCCCAGCUGUCAAGACCAUCACUAUCCUGGCCAUGGGCCGAGUGGAUGGCGACAUACUGAGUGGGGUGUGCUACGUGGGCAUCAAUAGUGUGGAUUCCUUGCGUGGCUUCGUGCUGGCGCCCCUCUUCGUCUACCUGUUCAUUGGCACCUCUUUCCUGUUGGCUGGUUUUGUCUCUCUUCUCUUCCGCAUCCGCACUAUCAUGAAACACGAUGGCACCAAAACUGAGAAGCUGGAGAAGCUGAUGGUCCGCAUUGGGGUGUUCAGUGUCCUUUACACGGUGCCAGCCACCAUCGUGUUAGCCUGCUACUUCUAUGAGCAGGCCUUCAGCCCAAACCAUCACUUUGCUCCUAUGAGCCCAGACUUUACUGUUUUUAUGAUCAAGUAUCUGAUGACCAUGAUCGUGGGCAUCACCUCCAGCUUCUGGAUCUGGUCAGGCAAGACCCUGCAGUCCUGGCGCAAAUUCUACCACAGACUAAGCAACAACAGCAAAGGAGAGACUGCUGUAUGA